CAAGUGCUACUGAAAUGCAAAUUCCUGUAGAUCUGGAAAAGGUCUGGUCCCAGGCUUGAUGCUAGGGCCGAGAACUGUGUACCUACCCUGUACCUUCAGCUCACUGUAACCCUUAAGGAGGUGCUCAAGUCACUCAAGACUACUGGCCAAUUGGAGUCUUCAAUGCACCUGCCAAUCAGAAGAGAAGGCGGGCUUUUCCGGGUUCCUAGGUGUAGGAUUUGUUUAGUAGUUAAGUAGUCUUAACUGGUCCUGGCUGCUGUGCUCUCUGUUCUGCCUUUGGAUUCUCUGAGGCAUGUUCAGGCAAGCUCCAAAGUUGCGACAUGGAUGUAUUGACCUAUGAUGAUGUACAUGUGAACUUCACUCGAGAAGAAUGGGCUUUGCUGGAUCCUUCACAGAAGAGUCUCUACAAAGAUGUGAUGCAGGAGACCUACAGGAACCUCACUGCUAUAGGUUACAAUUGGGAAGACCAUACUAUUGAAGAACAUUGUCAAAGUUUCAGAAGACAUGGAAGGCAUGAAAGAUGUCAUACUGGAGAGAAACCCUCUGAAAAUACUCAGUGUUGUAAAGCCUUUGCACAACAUAGUCCUCUCCAAAGACAUAAAAGCACACAUACUGGAGAGAAACUCUAUGAAUGGCAGAAGAGUCUUCUGGCUGCCUUCUGAUCAAGAUGUAGAACUCUAUCCUCCAGCACCAUAUCUGCUUGGACACUGACAUUUCUUCCACCUUGAUCAUAGACUGAACCUCUGAAUCUGUAUACCUCCCCUCCCCACAAUUAAAUGUCCUUUCUAAGA